UUGAUGACUUGGGAAAUGGAAAUAGUCCAUAAGGCAGAUCCAAAUGAGCUCAAAACUAUGGAUCCAAACAAGUUCACAAUUAGUGUUAAUGGCCGAAAGGGCUUGACACCAGUAGAAUCCGCAAAGCUUGGUGGUAGCUACAAUAUAUUCCUACAAACUUCAUUACCAGAAAAUGUUCGACUCUACAAUCCUGACGAUGAAACAUUUGAAUCAUCACAAAAUCUUUUCAGAUCGAUAUUUUUACGAGGAUUCGCGAUCGAAAUCCUCCAUGUUUAUUCAGGACCACCAGGAAUUGUGUACAAAUUUAGGCAUUGGGGUUACAUGGAUGCUCCAUUUAAAGGACAUGCUCCAACUGGACAACUUGUUGAGCUCUUUGGAAUUGGCACAUUUGAAUUGGAUAAAGAGAGUAACAAGAUUAUAAAGGCAGAUAUGUUUUUUGAUAGAGGAGAAUUGCUUGGAGGACUUGUGAAAGGAGAAAGCAAUGGUGAUAUGACUAAACCUAAAGUUACUGAAAGAAUAACGCCAGCCCAAGAGAAGUCCAGAGGAAUUGCGAUAAAGGAAGAUGCGGUUACAUCGAAAAGAAAAGCUUUGAAACUACCCACAACUAUUGGGAAAGGCAAGGGCAAGAGGCCCACUCCUGCCAGGAAAAAUAUCACUCUAGAUCCUAAUACUCCUCCAUGGGCAAGGGGAUUUUGCAGAGCGGUGUAUGUCUUUCUGGAAGACUCACAAUCAACAGACCUUGGUAAAGCUGGCACUGCUGUUCCUUCUAGGGUUACUCCGGGCACUGAAGCCUAG